GCGUUUCGAUUUUUUAGAUGCUGGUCUCUAGUAAGCAGCUCCCCAUCGGCCGCUCCCAGAGCUGGGACACCCUGGGGGGUCCGGAGUGCCAGUGGGGGCCAAUAGGGCAAGAGAGCAUAUACGACCAGCAGCACCAGCACCAGCAGCAGCAGGGCCGGAUGUCUGUGCGCCGUAACUCCAUCAGCUACGGGAGUGAGGUGGUAGGGGGCGGUCAGGGCUGGUACGAGCUGCCGCCUGGAGCGCGUCCCCCAGAUCUGGAUCUGAAACGCGAGCCCUUCUCCUACCAGGAGUCGCUGUACAGUCAGACGGGAUUUGCGGAGCGGCAAGACCCGCGAGCCAUGCGGAAGUGCUCGGUGCCGGAGUUGAACAGCCACUACGAGCGGCCCCCCGUCGCCCAUCGCGGGACUCUGCCCACGCAGGAUUACUACCAGCAGGACCCAGCGCUGACGCCACGCCAGCUGGACGACCCCCGGGCGUUUUACAGGGGCGGGGAGCAGACGCAGCCUCACCCACUGAACCGGUCUGCGUCACACUACGGAAUGAUCCCAGGCAUGGCUGGGGGUCCUCCUCCAUCCUCUGCGCCCCCGCCCUCCGCCCACGAGAUGGGACGCAGGUACCGCGAACCGUCUGUCUCUGCUCCUCCUCCACCGAACACACCCGGCCCGAAGAUGAUGCCCAGUCGGGAGCCAUCACCGGUGCGUUACGUUACGGAACCUUCGUCCCCAAGAUAUGGAUCGGAACCACCUCAGCUUGUUGGACGUGGGGCCUACACUGAUGUCAACAGCCGGGUUAUGGACCCCCGCCAACCUGCUGCCACCUGCCUCGUUGUGGACCCUGCCUCCCAAGGCAUGGAUGUGACUGGGGGGGCCCGGGGGAUGAUGAGCCCGACGCCCUACAGUCCCUUGCAGCAGCAAGUGCAGCCAACACAGCAGUUGCAGCAGCAACAGCCAGCAACACAGAUGCAGGUUGCACCAAUGCCUUCGCCACAGCAGCAGAUGCAGCAGGCUCAACAACUGCAGCAGCAAAUGCAGGUGGCUGCUCAGCUGCAGCAGCAGAUGCAACCAGCCCAGCAGAUCCAACAGCAGAUCCCGCAGCAGAUGCAACAGCAGCCCAUUCAACAGCAGCCCAUGCAACAGCAGCCCAUGCAACAGCUUCCCCAACAGAUCCAGCCCCCUGUGCAGCAAUCAGUGGUGCCACCCAUGCAGCAAGUGCAGCAGCCACUGCAGCAGCAGAUGCAGAUGCAGCCAUUGCCAGCGACACAACCACAGAUGCAGCAGCCAGUUCAGCCUGCUCUCCAGCCAAUGCCUCCACCAGUGCAGCAGAUGGCGCCGGUGCAGCAAAUGCCUCCACCAGUCCCCCAGCAGGUCCAGGCUGUGCCGGGCCCUGUGAACGCCCUCUACGACCCCAGUGCUGCCCAGGCUCUUCCUGCAGCAGCCCCAGUCAUGCCCCAGAGCUCGGUGGUGGUGAUGCCCGCUCAGCCCAUGCCACUUCCUCCUCCUCCGGUGACGCCGACCCCCAUGGCGCCGGCGCCUCCGCCUCCCGCCGACCCCAAGCGGACGGCCGACCCGGAGUUCCUGGCACUCUUGCGCAAUGAGGGCGUGUCGGAAAGCACCAUCAUGUCGCUGCUCCAGCAGGGCUUCGACAGCACGGGUAUGCUGGCGGUGAUGGAGGAGAACGAUGUGCGCUCGGUGGCGCCCAACCUGGGCCAGGCCCGGGUGCUGUCCCGAGUAGCAGUGAGCUGCAAACGCCCGGUCGAAGCCCCGGCGCCCACCUCCCAGCCGCAGCAGCAGCACCACCACCACCAGAACCCGCACCACAUGGGCACGAUGCCGCCACCGCCGUCACGCACCCGCUCCAACAGUUUCAGCCACCGCAGCGACGUGUACCAGCCUCACCACGGCAUGAGCCUGGGCAUCGGCGUGGGCAUGGAAUCCCAAAUGCUGACCGCUCCACCGACGCCCAUGCAGACCAUCUCUCCCAGGAUGGGCGAGGCGAUCAGCAGGAGGCCCAGCAGCGCCCCGUCCCAACACCUCCUGGAGACGACCGGUGGGGGCGGCGGGUAUGGUCUGCCAGGAUCUAGGACCCCAGGACCAUACAGCGGUGCCAUGGUGCCCGUCCAGCCUCGGCCCAUGUCGGCGUACUCCUCCCAGCCCGCCUUGCCCAUGUCCGCGCACAUGGCAGCUCUGCAGCAGCAGAUGCCGGGCAUGCCACACCAGAUGCCGGGCAUGGCGCACCAAAUGCAGGGCAUGGCGCACCAAACGCAGAUCCAGCAGAUCCACGCCAUGCAGUCUCAGCAGGUGCCCGCGCUGCCUGGUGUGCCCCAGCACCUGGCCAUGACGCCCAUGCCGCCGCAGCAGGCGCCCAAAGCCUACUCCACCAACUACACGGUGCCCAUGGAGCUGAUGAAGCGUGACCGCAGCCUGGCGCCACUCACGCCCAUGCACAGCCCACACCCGAGCCCGCAGUCCAUGCGCAAGGCUGGCGGGCAGGGGGCGCCCACCGAUGGGGCCAUGGUGCCCAUGGGCCCUGCCGGCAUGCAGGCCCAGAGCGCCAGCCUGGCCAAUCAGAAACUCAGCCGGAGGACCGGCCCCCCAGUCAUCGUGUCCACCAUGGCGUCCCCCGACACAAGUAUCAGGCCUCAGAUUAUGAACGGGCCGACGCACCCUCGGCCACUAGUGGCUCUGCUGGACGGGCGGGACUGCACCGUGGAGAUGCCCAUCCUGAAAGACCUGGCAACCGUGGCGUUCUGCGACGCCCAGUCCACACAGGAGAUCCAUGAAAAGGUGUUGAAUGAAGCGAUAGGAGCCAUGCUGUACCACACCAUCACUUUGACGCGCGAGGACCUUGAGAAGUUCAAGGCCUUGCGAAUCAUCAUUCGCAUUGGCAGUGGCUAUGACAACAUCGAUAUCAAAGCGGCUGGAGAGCUCGGUAUUGCGGUGUGCAACAUUCCUUCAGCGGCGGUGGAGGAGACGGCCGACUCGACGCUGUGCCACAUCCUGAACCUGUACCGUCGGAACACCUGGCUGUACCAGGCGCUGCGCGAGGGCACCAGGGUCCAGAGCGUGGAGCAGAUCAGAGAGCUGGCGUCCCGUCCGGCCGCAAGGCAUCCGGGGAGGGAGGGAGGGAUGUGUUUCUCAGGCCGAUCAGGACAGGCAGUGGCCGUCCGCGCCAAAGGCUUCGGCUUCAGCGUGAUCUUCUAUGACCCCUACCUCCAGGACGGGCUGGAGCGAUCUCUGGGGGUGACGCGCGUGUACACACUCCAGGACCUGCUCUACCAGAGUGACUGCGUGUCCUUGCACUGCAACCUAAACGAACACAACCACCAUCUCAUCAAUGACUUCACCAUCAAACAGAUGCGUCAGGGAGCGUUCCUGGUCAACUCUGCGCGGGGUGGACUUGUGGACGAGAAGGCCUUGGCCCAGGCCCUGAAGGAGGGCAGAAUACGAGGAGCUGCCCUGGACGUCCAUGAGAGCGAACCCUUUAGUUUUACGCAGGGGCCGCUGAAAGACGCACCCAAUCUGAUCUGCACCCCACACACGGCCUGGUAUAGUGAACAGGCCUCACUGGAGAUGAGGGAGGCUGCCGCCACGGAGAUCCGUAGAGCCCUCCUCGGGCGGAUCCCAGACAGCCUGAGGAACUGCGUGAACAAAGAGUUCUUUAUGGCCACAGCCCCUUGGGGGAUGAUGGAGCAACAGAUGCAGCCUGAGCUCAAUGGCGCCACCUACGGCCGUCAGGGUCCUCUCCAGGCUAUCUCUCCUGGGGGGAUGCAAGAUAAAAUGUACACAUAAAAUCCAGGUGUGCUCCUGCUGUUGUGGAGGUUCACCCAGGUGACGCAAGCAGGGAUCAGGAAGUGAGCGAGAUGCAGGGGAGGGGGCCUGUCGCCCACUCUGUGCACGGGGGUCCUCCACCUUCCCAGA